AUCUAUUCAAAUGUCUAUGGACGUUCUCGCGUUUUGAGAUUUUACAUCGAUGUGAAAGUUUUUUAAUUGUCAGUAAUUAGUAAUUUGUAGAGUGUACGAAACUUUUACACUAUCAGAAAUGGCUGAGGCGAUGCGUCAAACUGUGGCUGGGAUGCUCAAAGGCAUCGAAAGGUACAACCCGGAUAACCUAACAACUUUGGAGAAGUAUGUGGAGAUACAGUCGAGAGAGAAUGCUUACGAUCUGGAGGCAAAUUUGGCCGUGUUGAAACUUUACCAGUUAAAUCCGCAUCGAUUCAACAUGGACAUAACGUGUCAGAUACUGCUCAAGGCACUGACCAAUCUGCCACAUACCGAUUUUGUGUUGUGCAAGUGCUUACUCAGCGAGAAACUUAUGUCAGAGAGUCCCCUUAGUCAGAUUAUGUAUUUGGGGGAUAUCUUGGAACGAUGUGAUUUCCAGCAUUUCUGGGAUAGGGUGCUGUCCAUGUCAGAACUCUGUGAGAGGAUUGUAGGUUUCCAAGAUUCGAUAAGAAAGUUUGUGUGUCACGUAGUGGGAAUCACGUUUCAAACAAUAGACAGGGCACUCCUAGCACAACUGCUCGGUGGUGUAGAUGAUGCAACAUUAAAACACUGGGUCAAGAAAUAUGGUUGGAAAGAAGAAAUUAACUCGAUUAUUUUUGUCGCAAAUCAAGAUGAAAACAUCAAGACUAAAAAUAUCACUGAAAAGAUCGAUUUUGAAAAUGUGGCAGGUUUGAUGGCAGCUUGCCUGUAGAGAUACUAGUGAUUAUUUUUUAAUAAAAUUAUUAUAAAAUCAUACUCUUUCUACCAUAAUCGAUUAAUUUAUUAAAAAAUGUUUAUAUUAAAAAUACUUAUUAAAAAUAUUUUUUUAAGAAUUAAUUGAUUGUGGAGAUCUGUCCCCAUAACGCGUGUACAAUUUUUCAGAAUUUAUUUAUAAAAGAGAAUAAUGUUAAUAACAAUAUGCAC